GAGCUUUUGACCUUUGUUGCUCAGUACACGCUAUCGUAAUGCUAGCCCGCCGGUUUGUCUCGACACAGCGCACGCUCGUCAAGGAAGCGUCGAUCGCGAGCCUCUUGCCCAAGGCCGAGAGCCAAAGCCUCUUCAAGGACCACAACGACGAGCGGGUACACGCGACCACGCCCACGCCUGCUCGCUCGGCCAAGUCGCUGCAGUCCGUCUACUCGCUCCAGUACCUCAAUGGCGAGUCCGCGUCCAAGCCCUUUGAUGUGCCCAGCUCCAAGCUCCAAAAGUAACCUGAUAUAAGGACAUUAUUGUGUGCGUUCCCAA